AUCGAAUCUAAACGAGAUCGCUUCUGAUUCGAUUUUAGUCAUCAUUCCCCCCUUGUUUAUUAUAUAGUGAAGAUUCGGUCUGGUUCUGGAUGAUGUUGGAUCAUGCACACACCUACAGUUAUGGCAGCACCUGUUGUAUUUCCUUAUUGCACAUCUAUUUUUUAUGAGUUUGCAAGUUGUGCUCUUCAGAACGAGCAUCGAUUCUUCCGACAUUUUAAUAAGUGUCUUUUUUGCCAGAUGAGUCCACUGUGAUGGUGGAAUGCCAUGGAGGGAACAAGAUGGGAAGAAGCCUAACCCUCGAAGAAGCUACCGACACCAUACUCUUCUGUAGCUCAAUUGUCCACGACCUGGCUUACAAAGCUGCAACAAUAGCCAUUGAAAAGGAACUCUCAGUCCCAUUGAACGAUUCACGGCCAACAGUCACCAUCUUGGGGAAAUCCAUUCCUGAUAGAAAGGAUACCCGCGGUGGUGUAAGAGCCAGACGGAGUUUAAAACCUUCAAAAGUUAAGCAGCAGCAGCAGCAGAAGCAAGAAGAGGCCUCCGUGAAAAGCCCUUCCUCUGCGAAGGUAGUAGAGAAUGACGAGAAUGCUGAUGAUUCCAUGGUGCGUAACGUCGGUCUACCUAAUAAAAUGGAUAGUUCGAAGCCUCCGAAGCUGGAAUCAAAGUGCAAUUGCACAAUAAUGUGAAGAAGGAAGGAAUGAAGGUCUCCGUACGGUUUGUUGUAUGCUGAUUAGAGAUGGCUCUUCUUUCUUAUUGGGGUGGCUUGAAAUGAAAGAUUGCCAAUUGAUUUUCCAAAUUCAUUUGUAAGAAGAAGCAAAAAAAAGGCACAAAUCUGAUGCGUUGUUGGGUAACAUAAGCUGUAAAGUUUCUUCUAUUUGUUGCUAGGUUGAUUGUUGGCAGAAUGAGUAAAAAAGAAAAGAAGGCAGUUGCCGCUUGUGGUUUGCUCUAGCUUGUGACUUGGGUAUAUAGCUUCAAUUGAUGAGUGUAAUGAUUCUGAGAAGUUUUGUCAUUGGUCGUGUGUUCCUCUUUCUCCUAUUCCAAAUCUCCGCACAACCAUCGUUUGAUCUCUUAUCAAUUCAACCGUUCAUGACUUCUUGCUAUAAAUUGCUACUUUUGUCUUCGUGCUUAACAUUAAUUAAGUAGAUUAAACAUAUUUAAGAACACUACUUCUAUCUUUCUGCUUAAAAUUAAUUAAGUGGAUUAAACAUAUUUAAGAACG